CAAUUCCUAAUUAUAAUUAGUCUUAGUGUUAAUGUAAGACAGUUAUUAGACUUUUGUUUCAACGAAUUUGUUUUAUGUUUGUAGUUAAUAUUACAAAUUAAAGUUACCUAAAAUAAUGUAUAAUGUUUUGUAACUAAAAUCUACUUAUUGUCUAGUUGAAAAUUUGUCUACACGUCAGUAGCCUAUGUCACGGAUUAAAAUUGCAUCAAAAUAUGAUACAUCUAUAAUUAUAUCUUAAAUAUAAUGCGGUCAAUUGUUGUUUUUGUAUAUUUAUUUGUACAUCUAUUAUGUACAAAAACUCAAAGAAUCGGAGGAUUCGAACGAGAAGGUUAUUUUAACAAAUCAUCAUGGCUGCAUAUUUUCCCAAGUAUUUCAUUGCAGAAACAUGUAGGAUUUAGCUUCAGAACAUGUUUAGGUGGACCAAUAUUCUCACAGGCACAUGAAUCUUAUGAAAUGCCAUAUGCUCAAAUUUCAAUGGCUAUUAUUCAUGAUGGUGUAGUGUUUAAUGCAUUUGUUGAAAACAAACAUUACGAGUCUAAAAUUUCAGGAGAUUUUUUAGAUAAUUCUUGGCACAAUGUUAAUUUAAUGUAUAAGCUUGGUGAAUUGACAAUGACAAUUGAUAGCUUUCAACAGAUAAUUGCAAACUCAUCAUUUAAUUCUGAAUUGAUUACUUCUGAUUUAUCUAUUGACCAAUCAACAUUAAAAGUUGGAAAUGGUUUUGAUGGAUGUCUUUUAGAUGGUCCAAAUUUUAUUUUCAACUCAUCUUUAAAUCAAGCCUAUAAAGUUAUGUGGGGGCAGUGUCCAUUGAAUAGUCAAUCAUGUACAAACAUUGAUUAUUGUUCUCAUGCUCCUUGUAUGAUGCAUGGUGUCUGUGUAUCAAGAGUAAAUAAGUAUCAUUGUAUUUGUUACCCAAGAUAUUCAGGCAAUAAUUGUGAAAUCGAUAAUGGCUCUCUUUGUUCUAAACAAAAUAAUCGUUGUAUUCAUGGUAUAUGUGAAGAGAUAAAACAUGGAGAAGAUUUCAUGUGUCAUUGUGACAAAGGAUACACUGGAAAAUUAUGUGAGAUUGAAUUGUCUAAUCAUAUUUGUGAUAACAACCCUUGUAGAAAUAAUGGUACUUGUAAAUAUAUACCUGGAGGUAAAAACUAUGAAUGUGUUUGUGCACCAGGUUUUAAAGGAGAAGGUUGUGAAAUAAAUAUUAAUGAAUGUUUAUCGAGUCCAUGUCAGCAUGGAGGUAUUUGUAUUGAUGGAGUGAAUAAUUACACAUGUGCUUGUAGUAAAACAGGAUAUAAAGGAGUAAACUGUGAGACAAAUAUCAAUGAAUGUGAAAUGAGUCCAUGUUUAAAUCAAGGUAUUUGUUUUGAUAAUUACGGUAGUUACACUUGUCAAUGUCAGUCAGGAUUUGGUGGAACAAACUGUGAAAAUGAUCUCAAUGAAUGUGUAUCAAAUCCAUGCCAAAAUGGUGGUCAAUGUCGUGAUCAAAUUGGCAGUUAUGAGUGUCGCUGUCUUCCAGGAUUUUUAGGUAGAAAUUGUGAAAUUGAUGUGGAUGAUUGUGAGACAGCUGUUUGUCCUCCUAAUUCAAUGUGUGUUGAUGGAAUUGCAUCAUAUACCUGUCAUUGUAAAUCUGGGUACAUAGGGUCACCUCCUAAUUGUUCAGAAACAACAAUUUGCAAUAGUAAUCCAUGUCAAAAUGGAGGUUCUUGUACUUUAGUUGGAAAUAACCAGUUUAAUUGUUCAUGUCAACUUGGUUUUUCAGGUCAGACAUGUCAAAUUGACAUUGAUGAGUGCCUAUCUAAACCUUGUUUAAAUGGUGGAAUAUGUCAUGAUCUCAUUAAUGGUUUUCGUUGUGAUUGUACUGAAAAUUUUAUGGGUGCAUAUUGUCAAUUCCCAUUUGAUGCAUGUGCUAAAAUUCCUGGACCCUGUAUCAAUAAUGGAACAUGUAUUCACAAAACAAUGUCACUUAAAGAUUAUGUUUGCAUUUGCUCUUCAGGGUUUGAGGGAAAAAAUUGUGAACUAAAUAUUAAUGAUUGUCAAAUGACUUUGUGUCCACAAGGUAAAAUUUGUGUGGAUGGUAUAAAUACUUAUGAGUGUAGAUGUCCAGAAGGCUAUACUGGAGAUGAUUGCACAAAACCAUUAAAUGAUUGCAAAGAUCAUCCUUGUAAAAAUAAUGCUACUUGUAUAGAUAAUUCUGAUGAGAACUCAUGUCAUUGUCCCAGUGGUUUUACUGGACUUCUUUGUGAUCAAGACAUAAACGAGUGUGAAGUUAAUAAAGAUGUGUGCAAUUAUGGAAUUUGUGUUAAUACUAAUGGUAGCUAUCAAUGUUUUUGUCGCCCUGGAUUUUCUGGUGAUAAUUGUGAUGUAGAUUUUGAUGAAUGUUUAUCACAACCAUGCUAUAAUGGUGCAAUUUGUGAAAAUAAGAUUAAUGGUUUCAAUUGUGUUUGUCCUCCAGGAUUUACAGGAAAAGUUUGCAGCAUCGAUGUUGAUGAGUGUAGCUCUAACCCUUGUUUAAAUGGUGCCACGUGUGUUGAUGGUAAAGCAUCAUUCACUUGUAUUUGCCCAGUUGGUUUAACUGGAAAACUUUGUGAAACAAAUAUAAAUGACUGUGAAUCUUCGCCAUGUCAAAAUUCAGGUUUGUGUAUAGAUGGUAUCAAUAGCUACGAAUGCAACUGUACGGAUACUGGAUUUGAAGGAUAUCACUGUGAAUUAAAUAUCAAUGAUUGUAUUCAUAAUCCUUGUUUAAACAAUGGCACUUGUAUAGAUGGCAUUAAAGAUUACUCUUGUCGAUGUUAUUCUGGAUACUCAGGGAAAAAUUGUGAUAUUGAUAUAAAUGAGUGUGAAAAUAACCCUUGUCAGUUUGGAGGUACUUGCUUAGAACGUUCUAACAUAUCAUUGUAUAACCAGGCAGAUAAAAAACAUGUAAUACCAAUAUUUCAACAGGAAUUUAAUUAUGCUACUGCUAAUGGGUUCGAAUGUUUGUGUUUACCUGGAACAACAGGUAUGAAAUGUGAAAUUGAUAUAAAUGAAUGUGAAAGUAAUCCAUGUCGCUGGGGUAGCUGUGAUAACAGAAUUGGUGGCUAUGUUUGUUUAUGUGACGAUGGAUUUGAAGGUGUUUAUUGUGAAAUUGAAAUUGAUGAAUGUGAAAGAUUUAAGCCUUGUGAACAUGGAACUUGUAUAGACAGACGUGCUGGAUACUACUGUGAUUGUGCACCAAAAUAUGGUGGAAAAAAUUGUUCUGUAGAAUUGAUAGGAUGUCAAGGACCACAUACUUGUUUGAAUAACGGUACUUGUAGACCAUAUUUAGUUGAUGAAACUGAACAUCGUUAUAAUUGCACUUGUCCAUAUGGAUUCCAUGGUGAUAUUUGUGAAAAAACUACAACUAUGUCAUUAACUGGUGAAUCUCGUAUUGUAGUAAACACUACUAGAGAAGAAGGUUAUGAUAUAUCUUUUAGAUUUAAAACAACACUACCUAGUGGUUUAUUAGCUAUUGGUGGUGGAUCAACCUUUUACAUAUUAGAAUUAGUGAAAGGUCGUUUAAAUUUACAUUCAAGUCUUUUAAAUAAGUGGGAAGGAGUAUUUAUUGGAACUGAAUUAAAUAACAGCCAAUGGCAAAAGGUAUUUGUUGCCAUAAAUUCUUCCCAUUUGGUGUUGUCAGCUAAUGAAGAACAAACUAUUUAUCCUAUAAAUUUGAAUGAAGGUGCAAAUCCAACUCAUACUAGUUUCCCUACAACAUACGUAGGCGGUACAAUAUCAAACUUAAGACUUUUACCUCAUGGCCCUCCAUUUUUUAUUGGAUGUAUUGAAAAUCUUUUAAUAAAUGGACAAUGGGUUUUACCAGAUGAUAAAAUAGAUACAAUAGGAUUAACCAAUGUAGAUAUUGGUUGUCAAAGAAAUGAUCAAUGUAAUCCUAAUCCAUGUCAUAAUAAUGGACAUUGUACUGAUUUAUGGAAAACUUUCAGUUGUACUUGUGAACGGCCUUACUUAGGGAAUACAUGCCAUUAUAGUUUUCCAGCAGCAACUUUUGGCCAUGAAAACAUCACAAAUGGUCUUGUAACUGUGAAUGUUUUUGCUAUAGCAAAACGAGCUGUAAGAAAUAUAGUAGAUAUAUCAAUGUUCAUUAGAACUCGACAAACACGUGGUGGAAUAUUUUAUUUAGGAUCAAUGCCAGGAAGUGUUACUUUCUCAGAAGAAACUCAUAUUGCUGCUGAACUAGAAGGUGGUGAACUUCUAGUUCGAAUACAAUUUAAUGCAACGCCAGAAUCAUACACUGUUGGUGGUGUGAAAUUAGAUGAUGGACAUAAUCAUUUAAUACAAGUUGUACGUAAUAUAACUUUAGUACAAGUAAAAAUAAACGGAACAGAGUAUUUUAGAAAAACAAUUAGUGCUACAGGACAGUUAGAUGUUCAAGUUUUAUACUUAGGAGGUUUUCCAUCUUCAAAACCAAUAAGACCCAGAGAUAUACCUGAGACACUAGUAACUUUAGAUAACAUUCUUCCCAGACCUAAUACAAUUGAGCGACAUAUUCGUCAAACAACAGCUGAUAAAUUUGAAAACAUACCUCACUUUAAAGGAAUUAUUCAAGAUGUCCAAAUAAGUAAUGGAUCUUACACUAUGGUAGUAGAAUUUUAUCCAUUAAGUGUACAAAACAAAGACUUAGUUGUUCCAAAAGCAUUUGGAACUGUAUCUUUUAACCAAGAUGAAGUACUAGAAGGAAUAUUAUCAGAUGAUGCUUGUCGUUCAAAUCCUUGCCAGAAUGAUGGAGAAUGUACUGUAACAUGGAAUGAUUUUCAAUGUAAAUGCCCAUUAGGGUAUAAAGGGAAACAAUGUCAAGAAAUGGAAUUUUGUCAAUUACAAGACUGUCCACUUGGUAGUGAAUGCCGAAAUCUAAACCAUGGUUAUGAAUGUGUAGCUAAUAUAACUUUAGUUGGUCAAAAUACAUCAGAUUUCAUGUUACAAUAUAUGUUUGUAAAAGGACAGCAAACUAUUCCUUUAACACAUAUUGAAGUAAAUUACCGAACUAAGACUGGCGGAACAAUAAUGUAUGUUUCAAACAAGAAAAAAGCUAGUGAUACUGAAUUCACUUUCUUUACAAUGAUUGCUCAUAAAGAUCAAUUAAUUAUAGUAUGGAGAUUAGAAAAAGGUGGUUCUAUAAACUUAAAGCACGUACAUAAAGAUCAUUCUGAUUCUGAAUGGACAUCUGUAGUUUUUAAACUAGCUGACAAUAAAAUUCAAGGAGGUCUAGUUGGUGCUAUAGAUGACACAAAUCAGUUCAUUAUAUCAGGAAAUUUUUCAUUAACUAAUUGGAUAGAUUUGAUUACUACAAAUCCUAUAUUUAUAGGUAGAGGAGAACAUUACCAUAAUGAUAUGUCUGAAAUAAAUGUUGAUCAAGCUACUUACAUGACUGAUACAAAUACAAAUUCAUUAGAUAUUUUUGAAUCUGAAUUAGGAUUACACUUUGAAGAUGCAAUGCAACAUGAUAUAACUACGGCUGGUGGCUUUUACAAGGGAUGCCUCGGAGAAAUUCGUAUUGGUAGUUUACUUUUACCAUAUUUCACUCCUUCUCAACUUAAUACUAAUAAUCAAACUGAUCAUUUUAUAUUAUCACAAACUUUAUCAACUUACAAAUUUGAUUUUGAUUGUUUGCUCUGUUAUGACACUGAUUGUAAAAAUAACGGAAGGUGUAAAAAAGCCACAGAAUCAUAUGUUUGUGAGUGUCCAUCUGGUUAUGAAGCAGAUGACUGCUCUAUAAAUAUAAAUGAAUGUUUACCUAAUCAAUGUCAGAAUGAAGCUGAAUGUAUUGAUGGAAUUGCCAAUUACACUUGUAAUUGUAAAACUGGUUGGACUGGUGUACAUUGUGAAAUUGAUAUUAAUGAAUGUGCAUCAAAUCUCUGUCAAAAUGAUGGUGUUUGUAUUGAUCAACUUGGUAAAUUUGAGUGCAAUUGUCCUGAUGAAUAUGAGGGACAAAUGUGUGAACAGUUAAAAUUGGUGACUUGUUUUAAUAUACCAUGCAAAAAUAAUGGCCAGUGUAAUGACAUGCCUGAUUUAUCAACAGGAAAUAACUUCACUUGUUCAUGUAUGGAAGGUUAUUUGGGAGCUACAUGUAAUGUAGUCUUUUGUAAUGAUAAUCAAUGCCAAAAUAGUGGUGUUUGUAAACCUGAUGUUUCUCCAUUUUGUGAAUGUCCUUUAGGUUUUAAAGGCAAAUUAUGUGAACAAAAUAUUGAUGAUUGUGUGGAAAUUGACAACCAACAUAAAUGCCUUAAUGGAGGACAUUGUGUUGAUGGAAUCAAUGAAUAUACUUGCAAUUGUUCUGACACGGGAUAUACGGGAGAUGACUGUAGUAUUGAUAUUGAUGAAUGUCUCGAGCUUAAUGUUCAAUGUGGCAAUAGAGGGGAAUGCAAAAAUUCACCAGGAUCAUUCAAUUGUAUUUGUGAAGUAGGUUUCUGUGGUAUAGAUUGCCAUCUACCAGAUCCUUGUUUAAAAAUAUCACCUUGUAGAAAUGGAGGUACUUGUCAAGAACGUUGUUCUUCAGUAAUUGAUUAUGAAUGUAGUUGUGUUAAUGGUUAUGUUGGAAAAAAUUGCACCGAGCUGCCUGUAUUUGCGGGACAUAACUAUGCAGAUAUUGCCUUAAUAGUUGGACCUAUUCUGCUUAUUCUUCUAAUUGGUGGAAUGGGUAGUUUAUUUGUACUUCUUAUGAUGGCACGCAAAAAGAGAGCAACAAGAGGCACUUACAGUCCUAGUUGUCAAGAAUACUGCAAUCCUAGAGUAGAAUUGGACAAUGUUCUAAAGCCUCCACCAGAAGAACGGUUGAUUUAAGUAUACUUUUUUUACCUGAUACUAUAAAUAUUGUUUAUUAUUAUAAAAAAAAUAAUUUUCUGUUUUUAAUUCUAUUAUUAUGAUCUCCUUCUAUUUGCAUAGUGGCCAUUUUAUCAUUUUCACUUUUGACUUUUACAUUUUAUGUUUAGUUAAUCAAUUAUUAUCAGUAUUUGAUUGUUGAGUAUUUUUAAAUUACUCGAGUUUUAUAGUGGCUACAUAUAUAUUUAUUAUUUUCUUUAUAUUUUAAAUUAAUAUUGUACUAGAUCUAAUUUCUUAAAAUCUGACCUAAAAAUAAAUGUUUGUCUUAUACAUUCAUAAAUGACAUUUUUUAUGAGAUAUAUGUUAUUUCUAAGUACUUUUUGCUAUUAUUGUUAUUUUUUUAAUAUAAUGAUUUUAUAUUUAAACAAUUAUUUAAAUUUUUAUUUUCUUAAUGAACAAG